CGCGAAAUAACCACCGUUUCCUUGCAGCUCGCGAAUCUGCGGCCCCCGUUCCCCGACCCGACACGGCACACCACUCGCUCCAGUCCGCCUUCAUCCAACGGUUCCCCUCCUAUUUGCCCUCGGAAUCCCGCCCGCGAACCCUAGCCGGCCUCCGCGAGAUGGACGAGGACUGGGAGCUCCUCCUCGCGUCCCCCAAGGCGGCGCCGGCCGAGCCGUACGCCGGCGGCGGAGGAGACGGGGAGGUCGACGCCGGCGCCAUCAAGCACGACUACUUCGACCUCGGCUCCGACGCCAAGUACCCCCGGAGGGCGUCGCCGUCGAAGGGAAGCGAGGAGGAGUGUGCGGAGGAGGGGCCUUUCGCGGCGUCGGACAACGCGGGCUGGGUGGAGCCGGACCCCGACGACCUUCUCUUCCCCGGCCGCGACCGCGCGGCGCUCUGGUCGCACUCGUCCUCCGACGGGGAGAGGCCCGAGGUCGAGGUCGAGGUUGAGGCCGCCGAUCAGGUGGAACGGGCCGGGGUCACGGCGGCGGCUGACGCGGGCGAGGGGGCCGUGGCGAAGGGAGGAGGGCCGGCCCAGUGGUGGAGGCUGCCGCUGGACGUGCUGCGGGUGUGGGCGCUGCGCGCGGCCAGGAGCGUCUGGUCGGUGCCGCUCGCCGUCGCGCUGCUCGGGUUCGCCGUGCUCGGGCGCCGGCUGUACCGGAUGCGCCGCCAGAGCAAGGCCGUCGCGCGCGUCCGCCUCGUCCUCGACGAGAAGAAGGUCUCCCAAUUCAAGGGCCAAGGAUCACGUCUGAAUGAAUCCAUGACGGUGGCGCGGCGAACUCCUAUCAUAAAACCUAUGCUUCCUGCCAACGGAGUGACUCCAUGGCCUGUGCUGGGACACCUGUGAGAUGACGUGAUCGAGCUAGUAGUACAAGUACAACUGCCCCAGCCCACGUUGCCACAGGCGGGCAUAUUAUGCGAUGCCCAGCAGCAGAUGUACUACUGGCUGCUUGUAAUUUGGAACUACACACUUGUGGAAGACCUUGUAAGUUUAGGACCUGAUCUAGUUUAUGCCCCUUCUGUGUAUACCCAUGCUUAUAUUUUUAUUUCCUGAAUCCUUAUGUCAUCGAUCUUGUGUGCUGGAGUUGUAAAUGAUUGGAUACUCAGUACCCAUGGUACUAUGGUAGUGUGAUGUAUAUGACUAUUACCCAUAAAUCAAUGCACGAGUGGAAGCUUGAU